UUAUAAAUAAAGCCACUCUCUCUUCAUUGUCCAAACAAGAAAAGUACUCAAAUUAAUUCCUUUUUGGCUAUCAAUAAUUGUUUAUUUCUUUCACUAUGGCCGUCUAUAGAAAGGUGCUAGUAAUGAUGUCUAUGGCUGUAGCUAUUUUAGCCGUUAGCUUCAGCAAAGUUUGUGGAGAUCCAGACUUGCUCCAAGAUAUCUGCGUUGCUGAUCUCAACUCAAGCGUGAGCGUGAAUGGAUUUCCUUGUAAGAAGAAUUUCACGGCUGCUGAUUUCUCAUCAAUGGCCAUAUCCAAGCCAGGAGAUACAAACAACACAAUGGGUUCUUCAGUCACUGGAGCUAAUGUCAUAAAAGUCCCUGGCCUUAACACACUCGGCGUAUCCCUUUCUCGAAUUGACUAUGCCCCUGGUGGAAUUAACCCACCCCAUACUCACCCUCGUGCCACUGAAAUGGUCUUCGUUUUGGAAGGUGAAUUGGAUGUUGGAUUCAUUACUACUGCCAAUGUACUAAUUUCAAAGCACAUUACAAAGGGUGAAGUUUUUGUUUUCCCUAAAGGACUUGUCCAUUUUCAAAAGAAUAAUGGCAAAGUUCCAGCUGCUGUUAUUUCUGCAUUCAAUAGCCAGUUUCCAGGCACUCAGUCAAUAGCAGCUACUUUGUUUGCUGCUUCACCAACUGUGCCAGAUGAUGUCUUGACCAAGACAUUCCAAGUCGGUACUAAGGAAGUGGAGAAGAUCAAGUCUAGGCUUGCACCUAAGAAAUAGAAAUGUUUUUAACUACUACUUUAUAUAAUUGCUGUGUCUAUUAAUUUCUUGAGCGGGUGAAUUUUUUUUUCUUCAAAUGUUUGUAAUUCCCUUAUGUCUCUAUUUUUUAUAACUAAUAAUGCGAUUUCUUUCUAAA